AUGUCACCAGCAAGCAUGUCGAGAGCAUUGCCAGAGUGCUGGGGUCAUCGUGGGGCAUCAUCGCGCUUCCCCGAGAACACCCUAGCAAGCUUCGAAGCCGCCAUUCGGGACGGUGCAGAGGGCAUCGAGAGCGACGUCCACGUAUCCGCGGACAAUGUUGUCCUUAUGUUCCAUGACCCGGCGCUCGGAAGGACGACGGACUCGAAAGGACAAAUCAAAGAGAGGAAUUGGUACGGGGAGAAUGGGAUGCAGCAUGUACGGACCAUCAAGGAGCCCAAACAGUCUAUACCGACUUUUGCAGAGACAAUCGAGCUCCUCAUGCGACCCGAGAAUCUGCACGCGAAGUUUAACGUCGAUGUAAAGGUGCAGAACGACCCCGACAGGCUGUUUGCCCUCAUGCACGAGGUCAUCUCCGCUCAGCCGAACUGGGAGACGGUUCUUGCUCCAAGGAUUCUGCUCGGCCUGUGGCACCCGCGAUUCCUCAAGUACGCGAAGGCUAGAUUGCCGUACUGCCGUCGCUCCUACAUUGGUGUCAGCACCCACACCGCGAGAAAAUACUUCUGGAAAGACUGCGAUGCGUUCUCGGUGGCGUUUGCUGCUUUGACGACCACUGAUGGUCAGAGGUUUAGGCAAGAGUGCAAGGCCGCGGGCAAGAAGUUGUUGGUUUGGACUGUGAACGAGCCUGCGCACAUGAUGGAGGCGGUUCGAUGGGGUGUGGAUGCCAUCAUUACGGAUUACACGAAAACAUGGCUGGAUUUGCGGACAUCCCUCCGAACCGACUAUGACAAAAUUGGUUCCCAAUACGGUCGCUUCUUCCUCUGGACAACUCUCCACUACUACUCGCCAGUACUUCUGGCUUACAGCCGCAAGGCGCAGAGCUACCUCGAGAGUGUUGCUGGACCAUUUGACGAUUGCCUCGCCGACGUGACCCCCGUGGUGGUCGAGACGAAAGCCUAA